AUGUCUCAACCCUAUUACAAUCAGCAACCCGGAGGCGAUCCCGGUCAAUACUACAGUGCUCCUCCACCAGGUCAGCAAGGCUACUAUCAACCAGCACCACCACCACAAACCAUCAUCGUUCAACAAGAGAGGCCUCAGGAGAACGAUCAUUCCUGCUGUUGGGGAUGUUUGGUAGCCAUGUGUAUUUGCUGUGCCCUGGAUGAAAUAUGUUAA